AUGUCUAAGGCAUAUGACAGGAUUGAAUGGGUGUUUCUUACCACAAUUUUGCAAAAGUUGGGCUUUAAUGAGAAGUUUGUCAAGCUUAUUCACUUGUGCAUUUCUACCUCCUCUUUUUCAAUUCUAGUCAAUGAAGAGAAUUCUAACAAGUUCUAUCCUCAACGGGGGUUACGUCAAGGUGAUCCUUUAUGUCCAUAUUUGGUCAUUAUGUGCAUGAGUGCUCUAUCUCUUUUGCUUUCAAAACUUGUUGAGCAUAAGAAACUGUCUGGAAUCAAGAUUGCUCGCGGAUGCCCAAUAGUCUCACACAUGAUGUUUGCUGAUGAUUUAGUAAUUUUUGGCAAAAACACGGUACAUGAGCUUGAAAAUGUAAAGAAGGCACUUCAGAUUUUUGGUUGUAGUUCAGGGCAAGAAGUCAACUAUGCAAAAUCUGGUAUUCUCAUUAGUAAGAACGUGCAUCACCAUCUUCGUAAUAUGUUAGUUCGUUUCCUGAAGGUGAAAAGUAUCUCACAAAGAGACAAAUAUUUGGGAGCCCCCCUAUUUAUAGGCAUAAACAAGAAUGAAGUUUUUUCUUCGGUGGUAAAAAGGGUCUGUGACAAACUUAAUGGUUGGCGUGCACAUACUCUCUCAGUUGUAGGUCGGGUUGCAUUUGUGAAUCAUAUGGUAACAGCUAUUCCUACUUACUUGAUGUCAGUACUUUCACUCCCCAUAACAACAUGUGAUGACAUAGAGAAGGUUAUGCAUCGUUUUAUUUGGGGAGCUUCUGAUUCGAACAAUUUCUAUCCGACAAUUUCAUGGCAAAAGAUAUGCUUACCGAAAGUUGCAAGUGGCUUAGGUGUGAGACGAAUGAAAUACUUCAAUGAUGCUUUGUUAGCUAAGGUUGGGUGGAGAAUCUUGAUUGAACAGGGUUCUAUAUGGGUUUCAAUUUUGAAGUCAAAGCAUUUUCCAUUUGAAGAGUUAUUGUGA